CUGUAAGAUGGUUGAAUACAUGAUAGUAAAAGUAUAUUAACGGUCAUUUACGACUUUCAACAUUAUGUACUACAAGAUACUAAUGCACCCCCUAUAGCCCGGAAGUUGCAUUCCUAAAUCCUCAUCGGACUAGGACACCGGCAAACCAACAUUAUAUAUAGCAUUAGGGCUCUGAUCGAUCUCCUCUUUCGCCUUAACGUCGUUGGAAUCGGUUGGUACUCAACCAAACCCUAAUGCCUCCUCCUCCUCCUCGCACCAUGACGGCGAUCAACAACAAACUGGGUGACGACCUCCUCGUCGAAAUUCUCAUCCGCAGCUUCCCAAACCCUAAACCCGCCUGCCGCUCCAAGCUCGUCUGCAAGCAGUGGAACUCCCUGAUCUCCGAUCCCAUCCUCUUCAACCGCCGCUUCGUCUCCCACCACAAGAGCUCAAACGAAGCAUCACCGCCGCCAUUAAUUGUCACGCCAUCUCCCCCCUCAACGACUUUCCGCCACCACUACCCUUCCCUCAGCUUCCUCCCCGUGCCCGACCAACUCGGACCGCAUUUCAAAGUCUGGGAUUCCUUCAACGACUUGCUCUUAUGCGGGUUUUGGGGUGAUGGAAUCAACAAAGUACGAGGAUUAUUGGGGAGAUUUUACUUCGUCUGCAAUCCGUUUACGAAGCAAUGGGUCGCCCUUCCUCUGGCCCCCGAGAGGCCAUCUGGUUGGUGGAUGGAUACGUUCGUCGCUUGGCUAGCUUGUGAACCCGUUAAUUCUACCACUCUUGAUCUAGGAGGAGGAGGGGAUGAUCAUGGUCUUCAAUCUUAUUAUUAUUUCGAGUAUCGCUUUCGAGUGGUAUGCAUGUAUCUACAACAACAACAAAACAGGGACAUGAGAGCAGACGUGUUUUGUUCCGAGUCGGGAGGGUGGACGAGUAAGGCUCUCGAUCGUCCCCUAGGAGACGAAAUUAUAAACAAACCGUGCAGAGGGAGGGUUUUUUACGAAUUCACACGAAUCGACAGAGUACCUCGUUACGACGUGAAUUUCAGCUUUCUAACACUCUUUGUGGUGAGUCCGUUCACUCUCGAUGCGCAUCGUACGCGUACUACUACCGAUCACGGUUCUUUGGUCUUUCCGGAUCCGACUAUACUGCGGAUUUUGGUCUCGCAAGGUGUUCUGCACGUGGUCCUGUUGGAACUGGAGCCCAAAGGUUGUUCGAGGAACGCGUUGACGGUUUGGAGACUGGAAGAAGGCGGCGAAUCUUGGCGGAAACUGCACGAGGUGGUGUUGUUGAAGGAGGCUGUUGUAUCGUCUAAUUAUGAUCUCGAGCGGUGUUUCAGAGUCGGUCUGCAUCCGCAGAAGCCCGAGAUCGUCUACUUGUAUUUCGACGAGGUUGGUGAUCGUGAGAAUGUGUCCAUCUUGUCGUACGAUUUGACGGGGACCGGAGAGGUGGAGUUUGUCGAUGAAUAUCGUCGCGGCUGGAAGGCCUUCCAACCUAAGGUCUCUUGCUGGCAUACUUUGAUUCCGAGAUACGAGGAAUUGCGAGGUGGGUACGAUGAAAGCUACAACUAUUUGCUUCAGGCAAAGCAAAAGGAAUGGAUCCAGAUGUAAAUGGUAAUUAAUUACUUCUAUGCUUGGAACCAUGAGAACUUAUCAAAUUGGUUUUGUUGCUUUUACUUAUUGAAACUCUGAGCUAUGAUUUUUUUGCCACUUGUUCUCGCAAUAGUUGUAACGAGUUUUCCCUUUCUUGGCCCCGGCGGGCAAGUCUCACAAGAAACUAAUUAACUAACG